AUGCUGAAAAGGUAUCGCGGGGUGACAGGGCGAGUGAGAGACUUCACUGAGGAGACCUCGACCUCGUACUGGUCGGGAGCAGCCACGGCGCCUCUCGGCCCGCACUCACUCGCGGAUGCUGCCGCAAAGGCAGCUCCUGCCGUCGUCAAUGUCACCCUUCAGGGCGGCAGCCAGGGACUCUUCAAUGGGGCCCCAAGUGGGAGUGGGUUCAUAUUGGAUCCGGACGGUACCAUCCUGACGAACGCGCACAUAGUGGCGGAGGCGUCGCCGCAGCGGCGGCAGGGCGGUGGGGGCAGCAGAGGGACGCAGCCGACGGUGCACGUGGCGCUGCAGGACGGACGUGUCUUUGAGGGCCGUGUCAUCAGCGCUGACAGGCUGUCGGAUCUAGCGAUAGUGAAGAUAGAAUCGGCGGAGGCGCUGCCGUGCGCGCGGCUGGGCACGAGCGCAGGACUGCGCGUGGGCGAGUGGGUGCUCGCGCUCGGGUCCCCCCUGCACCUGCAGAACUCGGUCACCGCCGGCAUCGUCUCCUGCGUCGACCGCAAGGCUGUGGAGCUGGGGUUGGCGGGGCCGAAUUCAGACUUCAUACAGACGGACGCGGCGAUAAACUCGGGCAACUCGGGGGGUCCCCUGGUGAACCUGGCGGGCGAGGUGGUGGGCAUCUCCUCCAUGAAGGCGCUCACGGCCGACGGCGUUUCCUUCGCCAUCCCCAUCGACACCGCCAAGCACGUCGCCGCCCAGUUGAAGGCGCACGGGCGGGUGGUGCGGCCGUACAUUGGGAUCAAGAUGCUGCAGCUGAACGAGAGCAAGGCGGGCAUGCUCCGGCGCGCCGACCCAGCCUUUCCCGCGGUCAAGGCCGGCAUCCUGGUGCCCCAGGUGUCGCCCGGCUCCCCGGCCUCACGCGCCGGCCUGCGCCCGGGCGACAUCAUCGUCGGGUAUGCGGGGCAGAAGGCGCCCAGCACAGCUGGCCUCAUCAGGACGUUGGGGGAGCAGGUGGGGAAGCCGCUGGAGCUGCAGGUGCUGCGGCCUGGCAGCCCUGGCGAGGUCACAAUCAACAUUGUGGCUGUGGAGGCCCCAUCGUGACUGCUGUACCACCAGUUUCAACGCUGCCCCAGUCAGAAGCACACAGGACCUUCCUCAGUGAGUAAAACAUUAGAUGGCCUGGACUUUGUGAUGGUGUUCUUGGAUGAUAUCCUGAUCUUUAGCAAGCCCGAAGAAGAACAUGUCGUGCACCGACGAGCCAUCAACGUGACACUAAAUCUGGCUUCCUCAGUGGGUUAUAUUUUGCAAUUUUUGAGUGUACUUGUAUGAUCAAGGACCCGGGACGUCCAAAUUGGGACGUAUUUGAAAAUUAAGAUAGAAGACAACAUGCACGUGUGUACGUACAUGCAUGCAUGCUGUGUAUUGUGAGACUGGCAGGGAUGAUGCUCUUGCUGAGUUGUACGAGUCGCCAGGUUGCAGUAUGUUUUCAUAACUUGUACCACCCAAUUUGGAUGCCCCUUCUGUGCAACAUUGCUUACAAGGUCUUUCCAAGUGCCUGCCGGCAAUGUGUUAGCAAGCUUUAAAAUCAACAGAAUUUGAACACAAUGCUCUACUUCACACACAUACCAGUGCCCUGUCCUAGGGGCAUGACAGCAGAGGCCUCAUUACUGCCGGUGUCAGGUUUAGGAUGUAGCUUAUCAGUUCAGGAAGCAAAAUCCAGCAUCCCUCAAAUCACCCCUCACAAGGAUCAAUCACUCAACAACUCACUCCAACAAAUCAAGCCAUCUGGAAACGGUGUACUGAAUGGCGCAGGUCAACUCUAAACCAAUUUCCGACAGACAAUUAGUCUUGCAAUAUUGCCACCCAAUUAUUCAAUGAGAUUGAAGUCCUAGGAGGGUCAAGAUUCCAUAGAUGAGAUGCCGCUGUACGACACUAGCCCCACUGGCCCCAACCACCUUGCGGUCCAUUGGCAGACACAGUCGGCCCGAAGUGGCUCUGGGUGAGCUGCAGCGGCGCGGGCUGCAGGUCGUCCCGCCGCGGCUGCUGCUGCACCAUGCGGUCCAGCGCACCAGCCGCCUCCGGCACCGGCAGCGCCGACGGGAACGGCCCAAACGCGCCCGACCCAAAGCCGCCCAAUCCACUCCCCGGCUUGCCGCCAAACGCGAGGCUGCCGACCGUCCGGGCGCUGUGCGGCGUGCUCU